AGGUGACCGGGCAGAGCCUGGGGCAGGGGCUGCCCUAGGAGCUUGUGUGGCUCUGCCACACCCUGUCGGUUUGCUCUGAGGCCCUGAGUUCCUUCUCCCCUGCUGCAUUGCACCAUGGGUAUUGAGAGGGCUUUUGAGUUUGGGGACCCGGUGAGCUGCUGCCUGAGGGGACCCAGACCCGGGUUGGCUGUGGAGCCGGAUUCAGCGAGCAAGGACAAGGCUGGCCCUGGCUUCAUCUGAGGACCACUGCAGGCUGGAGGCUGUGGGCCUGGCAGGGCCUAGCCGGUGGGGAGGGGAGGUGGCAGGCGCUGCGCUGCCUCAGCCUCACGCGAGCACCCCCUCCCUGCAGCCCAGUCGCCCGCUGUGCUAUGAGCAGUCAGAGCGCCGUCUCCACAAGAGUUUACAAAUGAAAAUGGAGGAAAUGUCUUUGUCUGGCCUGGAUAACAGCAAGCUAGAGGCCAUCGCUCAGGAGAUUUACGCAGACCUGGUCGAGGAUUCAUGCUUGGGAUUCUGCUUCGAGGUACACCGGGCCGUCAAGUGUGGCUACUUCUUCCUGGAUGACACGGACCCGGACAGCAUGAAGGAUUUCGAGAUCGUGGACCAGCCCGGGCUGGACAUCUUUGGCCAGGUUUUCAACCAGUGGAAGAGCAAGGAGUGCGUCUGCCCCAACUGCAGCCGCAGCAUCGCCGCGUCCCGCUUCGCGCCGCACCUGGAGAAGUGCCUGGGUAUGGGGCGCAACAGCAGCCGCAUUGCCAACCGCCGGAUUGCCAGUAGCAACAGCGUGAACAAAUCAGAGAGUGACCAGGAGGACAACGACGACGUCAAUGACAACGACUGGUCCUAUGGCUCGGAGAAGAGAGCCAAGAAGAGGAAAUCGGACAAGCUGUGGUAUCUCCCAUUCCAGAACCCCAAUUCCCCUCGAAGAUCGAAGUCUUUAAAACACAAAAAUGGGUUCUCUGUCUGUACCUCUGCAUCAAACACCCUUCCCCUUCUUUUUUCUUCUUCAGGGGAACUUAGCAAUUCGGAUCCUUUUAAGUACAGCAACUCAAUGGGGAUCAGCUACGAGACGCUGGGGCCAGAGGAGCUGCGGAGCCUGCUCACCACGCAAUGCGGGGUGAUUUCGGAACACACCAAGAAGAUGUGCACAAGGUCCCUGCGCUGUCCUCAGCACACGGACGAGCAGAGGCGGACCGUGCGGAUUUACUUUCUCGGGCCCUCGGCGGUCCUCCCCGAGGUGGAGAGCUCGCUGGACACCGACAGCUUUGACAUAGCCGACAACCAGGCCCUGCUCAGCCGGCUGCAGUGGGACGGCUCCUCCGACCUCUCGCCCUCGGACUCGGGCUCCUCCAAGACCAGUGACAACCAGGGCUGGGGCCUAGGCACCAACAGCUCCGAGUCCCGGAAGACCAAGAAGAAGAAGUCGCACCUGAGCCUGGUGGGAGCUGCGUCUGCCCUGGGCUCCAGCAAGAAGAAGAGGCCAAAGCCGCCAGCACCCCCGACGCCCAGCAUCUACGACGACAUCAACUGAUGGCGGCGCAGGCAUCGCCUUUGGCUGAGCAGAGCCCUCCGACCCUGCCCGGCGGCACAGCCUGGCACACGGACGCUGCUGGGGUUUGGGCUCAGCGAGUGUGGGGGACCAGGCUGGCAGAGGGUCCGCUUGUGCACCCCUGGGGGGCGCCAGGGUCCUCUGCAGUGGAGCCGGCCAUAGACCUGGACACAGUUAUGCCUUGGACACAGUUCGGUGGGAGGCGGUUUUCCUAUUUAUUCUGUGAGUUACUGGAUGUUGGGCUGGGCCGGGGCCUGGCCUGGGCACUGCCCCAAGCUGCCUACCCCACCCCAGGAACUGGACCUCACCCCGCGGAGGCCCGAGGCAAUGUGAAGGGGUCUGGGCUGGCCAAAGUGGGCCGGGCAUGGAGCCGCAAUGCCUGUCUGGUGGGCACCAGUGGCCAGCUGCUGGGUGGUGCCCAGGACUGCACUGCCUCCCCACCCGCGGCAGCCCCUCCAUCCCCACGGGUUCCUGGGCAGCUGGAGCUGUCCUUUGUUGGGUGCCAGGAGAGGGCCGCAGCCUCGAAGCUUCAAGGAGCGGAAAGGGUAGGGUGGGCUGGGGUGGGGCUGUCACCGGACUCCACCAUCCCUCCAGACCUGACCCUGCAGUGGCGAGGAGGGGCCGCGGUGAGGGAACGGUGCUGCUUUAUUUGAAAUGUUUUCUUACCUCAUUCCCUGCCCCAGGAAGGGUGCGGCCUCGCCCUCCUGGGGUGGCCCCAUGUCCCCUGUGCCCACCCUGCCCCUGCCCUGGGGCAGCCCAGCCCCAAGCUGCUGCUUGCCACCUUCUCCUCAUCCUGCUCUGUCCCAGCCUCAAAGCUGCCCUGUCCCCUCCUGCGCCGCUUUUAAGUUAUUUAUUCUGUACUUGUGGUUUGGGGCUUCGAGGAAAAUCCGUACCUUGUGCCUCUCCCCAUGCUAGGAGUGGAUGGGAAGAGGGUGGCUCUGCGCCCCAGGCCAGUAGAGGGAAGGGUGGCGUCGCCCCGUGGGAUGUUGUGCCAGCGUGCCCACCAGCCUGCUCUCCGUCCAGAGGGAUGUACAGCCCCUCAUGGGCUCCAUGCGCCAGGCCAGAGGAUCCGCUAGCCGAGGACAGAGGUGCCUGCCUGGGCCAGAGCUGACCUGUCCCAUUCCCUGGCACGCGCUGGACAUCUCCCACAUUUGAGUGGCUGGCACCCAGGACUGCUCGGACUGACGGGUUAGGGACCCUGGAGGGUUGUGGGAACAGCUGGAUGGGGCUGCAGGACCCUGUCUGGCACCCCAGUUUCUCCCUGGGGUGCUUCUGACUGGCUGAUGCCUGGUUACAAAUUGGUUUUUAACCCAAACAUUGUGAUUAUUUUUUAAAAA